AUGCUCGACUUUGGUAUGGCCCGCAAAUUUGUCAAAGAAGAUGGCACGCUAAGAAACCCAAGGGCACGUGCUGGAUUCCGUGGAACCGUGAAAUACGCACCGCUGGCGUGUCAUGUGCAUCGAGAGCAGUGCAGAAAAGACGACAUUGAGAGCUGGAUGUACAUGCUUGUCGAGAUUACUUGUGGUCGGCUACCUUGGAGAAAUUUAACGGAGUCAAAUGAUGUCGGUCUAUUCAAGAAAGAUUGCAAAGGUGAACGCUACCGAUGUUUGUUUGGCGGAUGUCCACGGGAAUAUUUGGAAAUAUUCCCGAUCCUUGACAAGGGCAAAUUUUUCGACGCACCAGACUAUCCAGCUAUCUACA